CGGUCAGCGGCAUGUACGGUCGAUUUAUGUGAGAUGUUAGGGGCCCGGGCAUUGCUGGACUGCUGCUACCGGCUCUGCUCUUUGCCUACUGUGCCCCAAAUUGGCCCAAACGGAAAACAUUUUGGCCAUAUUUUCGUACACCUUGGCUCUUCUAUUUACUGAUCACUCCGUUCCUGAAGAGCCUCGUACAGCGGGGUCACCAGCUGACUGUCAUAUCAGCCGUUAGGAAAUGCCCCACAUAGAGGGUGUCCAUCACAUACGAGUGCCCAAAUGGAUAUGCUAAGGCAAUUACUCCUGGACUACGAUUCGACAUUGAAAUGAGCAAAUGGAUUGAGGCUCAGUUCGUGUCCGAAUACUUUUACAACUGUUCGAAAUUCGUCCUGGAGGAUCCCGGGGUGCAGGAGCUGCUCCACAACGCCAGUGCCCAGUACUCGAUGGUUAUUCUGGAGGCCUCCCACACCGAUGCCCUCUACGGAUUCUCGCAACACUUCAAUGCGCCGCUGGUGGGGAUUGCCGCCUUUGGAUCGGCAUGGAACAUUGACUUCCUGGUUGGUAACUCAGCACCCAGUGUCUACGAACCGAUGUCCGCCCUGGGUUAUUCACCUGGACUCAGUCUGAUGGAGAAGUGGCACAACCUGAUCUUCAUCACCGAGGAGCGUCUGGUGGAGCGCUUCAUCUACCUGCCAGGCCAAAUCGAUCUCUAUAAGCAGCACUUUUCCGGAGUUUCGGCUAGUAUUCAUGAACUGCGCCGGAAAUUUUCGUUGAUCCUGAUCAAUCAACACUUCAGCAUGGGUCGAGUGCGCAGUAAUGUUCCCAAUAUCGUGGAAGUGGCGGGCAUGCACUUGGCCGAACCCACGGAUCCCUUGGAUGAUGAACUUAAGAAGCUAUUAGAUGAAGCCGAACAUGGUGUAAUAUAUUUUUCGAUGGGCCUGCAAGUUCUGGAUAAGUGGUUGCCUCCGGGAAUGGUAAAUACCAUGCUAGCGGCCUUUCAGCAAAUUAAACAGCAAGUAAUUUGGAAAAUGAACAAUCCAGCGAUGGCUAACAAUUCACGGAAUAUCUAUGCAAGAUCUUGGCUUCCACAGCGAGAGAUCCUUAAUCAUCCCAAUGUAAAGCUCUUUAUAACCCAUGGAGGUCUUCUAAGUUCCAUCGAGGCGGUUCACUAUGCAGUUCCCCAGCUGUGUGCACCCUUAUUUUACGACCAGUUUCAGAAUACCAAACGUAUGGAACAGUUGGGCGUGGCCAGGAGAUUGGAUGUCAUGAACUUCUCCCCAGACGCAGUUGUCAAGGUUAUUGAGGAUCUCGUGUAUAAUGCUAGCUAUAAGCAAAAUUCCAAAUAUUUAUCCCAACGAUUUCAUGAUCAGCCAAUGUCAUCUAUAGAGACGGCGAUUUGGUGGACGGAAUAUAUCCUUCGACAUAAAGGAGCCGAUCACAUGCGAAUUGCGGAGCAGGAAAUGUCCCUAAUGCAAUACUAUAACGUGGAUGUUGUGUCGGUGCUUUUUGGACGAAUCGGAUUGAGUGUUAUCAUCGUGCUCUUCCUUGGCUGGAAAUUGGUCUCAUUGGUAACUAGAAACCUGGAGUACCGUUUUAAUGUACCCAUGGUAAGGUAAACAUUGCUAUAUUGCGUGAAUCUACCCAUUCAGUUCUCCCGAAAUGAACAAAACAAAAAUUAUUAUGCGUUUGAUAACUUUUGUUUUAAAAAGUGUAUAAAAAAAAUGUUUAAUUGUUUUUAAAUUAGC